ACUGUCUUUUAUUUCUUCACUCUCCACUACCUAAAAAGAUACAAGCAGCUUAAAGCCGAAGAAAGAAACAGAGUAAACCAAAAAAACAUGGGAGAAGAGAAGGCGAAACUGGCGCUUGUGUUAGCUGCAAAGUCAAGAUCAUUGUUGUACACAUCAUCACCUGCUACUCCAUGUGUGUUUGCCUCUCCGAUUCACACUCUUGCAUCUGUUCCAUUUUGCUGGGAAGAUCAACCAGGCAAGCCCAAGAACCCUCUUCUUCCUUUUUCUUACCCAAAAUGUCUUGAAUUGCCACCGCGCUUGCUCCUUCCCGGAGAGUUUACUCAAAUGCCCUUGCCUGAGAGGAAACAUGGGCUCUUUGGGUUCAUGAAGAGGAAAGGGAAAGGAGAGGUUGUUGUCAGGGGUAGUCAUGUCUUUCCCUCGGAUAAGGAGAGAGCAGGUGAGAUCAACAACAUGAAGAUCAUGAAGUUCAGCAGACCAGGGAGCUUCCAUGGUGAUGGCUUUUGGACAAGUUUAUGCAAAGGGUUGAAGCAAGCAAUGCCAUGGAAGAACAAGAGUAUGAGGAGCAAAAGUCUUUGAGCAUAUGUUCAACUGCAUUACAAGACAAACAAUGUUCAUCUUCUGAUCUACCUAUUGAGGAUCAAGUUGAUGUAAAAGAGCUAUUACUAAGAGUGUAUGUAAGACUACCAAUUUCAUCAUAAUGUAGAAAUGUUAUCUCUGUGAUAUGUAUGUGGCAACAAAAGUUUAAUGCUAUUGGAUUUGUCA